UGCCAUCCGCGGCCCUGGGAGCGAGGGACCUGGGGGAGAGGGGAGAGGUGUGUGGGGUAUCGAGUCGUGACCACUCCCUAAGAGCCUCCUCUGGGGAACCCGUCUGCGGGGAAGGGCCCGGGGCAGGUCAGGGACAGGCCGGGCCAGCCUUUGCUGGGGGGGUGUUCCCACCAUGAGGGUAAGCUGAAACAUGAGUGAUACAGAUGAAUCCGAGGCUUCUGAUUCUGAUUACACUGAGGCCCAAGAGCUGAUCUGGAGCCAGCAGAAAGAACUAGAUAAGGUUCAUAGACAAAUGGAGAGUUCCUGUUCAAGGCAGAAGAGUGCUGCUCCUGAGGAGUCUUCAGAUGAGCAUAACAGUAUACAUCAACCAGCAGCUGCUUCAGCUGAGAUUAUACUGGACACCAGUGAUUCAGAAAUUGAUCUCACUGCUGCUGGUGGCAGUGAAUACCAUCCCAAGUGCUCCAUUGAACCUUCAGAGCAAAAAAGAUUUCAAUCUUCAAGGCAACAAGCUGAAUCUGCUUCAGGAGGGCCUGACAAUGACAGCUCUUCAGAUUCUUCCUUGUCCCCUCAAAGUGCAGUAAAAUCAUCUGAAACUUCUGGGAAGCAGAAGUCAAAACUUAAUUUGAAAGCCAUUUUUGCCUAUCACUUCAGGGGAAAGAAGUUCAAGGCUGCUGCACACCGAAAAUACAAGGAAAGCUCACGCAAGAAGAAGAAGAAGAAAAAGUAUGAGAGCACAGGGAUGCCUAUAGGGAGGCCACCACUGACAGCCUCUCCUCAAGAGCGGAAGAGAAGGCUUCAAGACAGAGGUUUUCAGUUCCCUUUUGUUGAACAGCAUUAUGGGAAGAAACAUAUUCCCUUAAAGAUGGUUCUUGGCUAUGAGCAAGCAGCUGCAAAGGGAUACUUCCAGUACAUUGAAGUUCUGAAAUAUGAAGAACACCUUAAAAAAGCUUUGAAAGCCCUCCAGGCUAGUGAAGAUUUAGAAAGAGAAUGUCUGGCAGUACGGAAACACAAAUAUUUAGAUGAUGAAGGCCCCAUUUCCCCCAUCCAGGAGACAAAUGAUGAUGACAGUGUGAAUUCUGAUAAUGAAGAUGACUUUGAUGCCAGAGUAGUGGAGAACAGCUCUUUCAUUUUAAGCAGCAAAAUUCCCAGUAAGAAAAAAUCAAAGCCAGGAACAAAACAUGCAAAAGUAACUGAAGUGAUUGAAAUAGAGGAUGAGGAGGACUGUGCUGCUGAUAACUGAAAUUCUGCAUAGUUCACUGUAGCAACAGAAAGCUACCAAGUUUGUUGGUUUUGGAAGAUGAAUGCUCAGUUUUCUUGAUGUAAAAGGCUGCAGAUGAACACACCAGCUCUCAGCUCUGCAGCAGUGAGCAGUUAUAGUCUUCUAGACUUCUUAACUUGCUGGCCUCCUGAUGUACAAAUCUGUUAGAUCUGUGCAUGCUAGUGAACAAGGGCCAUUCCUUUGAUGUCUGGAACACUGUGAAAAGCCUCUGCUUCAGGGAAGUCUGCAUGGUCCACUCUGAACUAGCAUCUUGGUAGUACGGGAUUAGAGAAGUGGGAGAAGAAAUGCAGGACGCCAUUUCAGGGAGAUGUAAAGUCCUUCCUAGGUACUGACUUACGAUACAAAUGAAAAAGUGAUUCAAGUGGAAAAGCUUGCAGGUACUUUGAGGUACCUGAAUUAAGCUGUGUUUAAAGGAUUGGCUGUGGAAGAUAACCUGUUUGACAGUGUCUGCCACCAAGUCACUGCCUGUCAGAGGGGUGAACAUCACCACUUGUGUGCUACCACAGUGAGUUUGAAGGUCCUGGUGAUGUUGCUGUGAAGCUGCUGCAGGGAAGCACAGCUCUUAAUCACAGGAAGAACCCUAUCUGGUGUUAACUGCAAUAGAAUUAACCUUCCCUUACUGUGUAUAACAGUACUAUAACACCCUCUGUCAGCUCUUGUUUCCUCACUUGCCUGUCACUGAACUCAAUUGUACUAAAGCUCUGGAGCAGUAUUCAUUCUGUCCAGAAUGUCACCACCUUUAAAUAAAAUGGAUGUCUGAAAGCUGCA